GCCAGGAUACAAGCUUGGUUACAGAACGUAACCGAAUUCGCGCGAAGUUACAAUCAAAGUGUGAGAAUAAGAAUGGAAGCACAAUAUAGCUGUCAUUAGCACAGUCAAACAAGAGCGCAUUAAAACAAGCACCGGUACAGUUGGUUAUAAUAAUAUUUGUUUUUAUUAAACCAGUCGUGUUCUCGUGAUAAAUGUGAGUCACUACAGCACGUCCAAUAAAUCACUGAGAAAAACUGAUGAAAGAGACACGUAGUUCAUGACGGUCUGAGAAUAUUAUGUGAUCCAAAUCCUUUUAGCAAAAAUGAUCAAAAAUCUGAAAUACAAGACUCACGAACUAAUCAUUCGUUUACUGACUAGACAUGGUGAUAUUGUGCAUUGAGCGUGACGAGCACAAAACACAGCGCUUAGGCAAAUCCAAGGUUGGAAGCAGUAUAAUCGCCAGGUACCCACGAAAGUCUUGCCACCUCGCACAUGAAUCCAACUAAGCAAUGAUGGAAGUUCAUCCCAGCUUACUGCUGUGUACUUUCACAUCUUCUGUAAGACUAUAAUUCAUGUGCGACGUUAUUGUAAUCCUGAGAAUGUCCACCUAUUAACUAGGACUAAAUGACGGUUAUAAAGCAGUGUGAGGAGUUAUAAUUAUGAUUUACAGUUCAUGUUAUGGUUAGGAACUAGAUUUAAAGUUUUCAUCACGAACUGACACCGGCUAAAAUGCCAAGACUCCAUCUAGGCAGACGGAUGAAUGAAGUUCGCGCCAAAUUCUAAGACUUGUUAUCUUGUAUCGGAUUGGUUUGUCCAUAAAUUAUAGUCUCGUCAAAAAUCCUCUUCAAAAUAAUGCUUAGAAAGAAUGAUAAAGGCAAAAACUUGAAAUGACAAAGUCUUACUGAUUGCUUUUUAUCGUAGUAUCAUCUAUAUUCUAAUCCUCUCAUCUGCACUCCUGCGUAUUAAUGUGCCUUUGAUCGUCAGAUUUUCCUGAAGAACGUUAUUGCACUCAGCAUCAGCCUACGAUAGGUCAAAGUAUCCGCAAAUCUCACGACAGUAUGCUUUACAGGCGAGAUCUUAUGUGUAUACAUGUGAUUGCGAAGCUGCCAUGAUUUAAGAUUGCUAAACGUAAUUAGACUUUUAUUAAGUUAAAUGAAACAAACAGCUUGGAAUCUUGACUUUUGUUCUGGUUGCUAAUGUGUGAAUACCCCUUUACUACACAAGAUGACGGUAGUAAUUUUUAAAGUUUAAGUGAAAUCAGUAAUGUAUACAUUACUGAUCUUCCAGUUCUGCUUAGAGUUAACUAUUCUGGUAAGGGAUCGAAGGUACUAACUUCACUGACAAUGCACUCACAAAUGGAUUGGUCACUUUUUAUCCCUGAAUCUUGAGUCGAGAUGUAUAUAUAGCAAACAAUUUAACAUAGACUUGACAAAAUACAUUUGCUAAGGCUUCACUCCUAUGUUCUCGUCUAAUUCAAGUGUAAAUAUUCUCCAAAGUAGUUCUAAUACUACUCCAAAACCAUUAAUUUGGUAAUGUCUGAUUAUUUAAUUAUAAAGACAGCAGUCUCCUGAUACUUCUACAAUGUAAUAAAUCAAAACCCCUGAAAUGUUAGUUAACUACUACUUCCGGCGUCAUCAAAGUGCUUACCAGUCAUCUAUAAGUGUAUAUAAUAGAAACAAACAGCUUGCUGUGUAAUUGAUCUUCCCGAUGAACAUUGGCUAAAUUAUGUCUGGAAAAGACACCAUUAAACUACAAAAAGUUGAGAUGCUUCACUAUUUUUGACGAGUUUAAGCACUACCUGGUAAAUAGUUCAUGUUUGUGUUUGUAAAACGUGAUCUCUGGGUGGAAAAGACUGCGCUGUUAUAUUUGUUUACUCACCAUUUUCCUUAGAGGACUAGCCACAUUUUAUGGUGACUCAAGCCACUCACCAAUCAGUACCAUCUUGAGAUACUAAACCCCCUUGACUUAAAUCUUUUGUAGGUAUUGUCCAAGGAUCUGUGAUGCAGAUCACUGUUUGUCGUCAUUUAGAGUGACUUGUGAAAGGGAACAGCACGUUGAAUAUUCACCCUUUAUUUGGACUUAAGCGAAUCAUAAGAAUUUUGUCAAACAUAACUCACAUGCGAACCCAUACCAUUUGAAAGUAAUUUAGUGUUUUGCGUAAAAUGUAUUUGAGAUACAUUUUUAAUAAUUAAAAAAACGAGACGUCGACAUGGCCUUAUUUAACUUACUGUUAUUGCCAAAUAUUUGAGACGAUAGAUGUUAAUGGAUUCUUUAAAUCUCUUUAUGAUACCUCAAAAGUACGGAUGAAUAUCAAGAAAAGUUAUCUGGGAAUAUACAAUGGAUUUCAGCUAAUGGGAUGGGGUUAUAUACUAUCUUUGUACAUAUUUGAGUCAUCCAUCAAAAGAAAGUGGUUUGAGUUCAGUGUUCAAGCAGAUAUUUUUCUACGCCUGUUCCAAUCACUAGCUGUCGCUGAGAUAAUCCAUUCCGCAGUAGGAUUAGUUAGAUCUUCCGUCAUGACAACAAUGUUACAGGUAUCUUCCCGGUUACUAGUUGUGUGGGGAAUUUUAUAUAUAGUCCCAGAAGUUGCACGUGAUAAUUUGGGUGUCCCACUCAUUGUUAUAUCGUGGUCUAUUGCUGAAAUGAUUCGUUAUUCAUAUUAUGUAGCAGAUAUAUGUAGGGUCAAGUUAAAUCUGCUAACUUGGUUAAGGUACUCAGGUUUUAUGGUUUUGUAUCCAACUGGGAUUUCUGGUGAGGUUCUUCUAAUAGUAAGUGGUAUAAAAAGACUGAAGGAAACAGAAGAAUAUUCCUUCAAUCUUCCAAACGCUCUAAAUUGUUCACUCUAUUAUUGGUUUGCUUUGGUUACUAUACUUAUAACCUACAUUCCAGGUAAGUUCUCAUUACUUCACAACUCUUUUGUAAAGGUUCGAAGACAAUGUACACUCACAUGAUGCGUCAAAGAAGAAAAGUGUUACAAAAUUGUAACUAAGGAACAAUUGUUAUUUUUUCAUUAUAUGAAAAAUUUAGCUUAUUUAUAAAUGUUCCAUAAGUAUUAA